AUGGCGCUGAUCGAGAAAAUGAUCGUCUUUCUUCUGAUUUCGAUCGCGAUUGUUAAUGGCCACCCGAAAAUCUAUCACGAAGGUGACGAUGAUGCCGGUGGCGUAGACAGAAAUGGCCACGAUGGCGGCCACGGCCACGCGCAUUCGUUCCACCAUUUCUCCGGACCAGUCACCGGCCACCAUGAGGAAAUCACCUGGAAAGACAAACACGGGGAUCAUCAUCACGACUACGUCGCUCAUCCCAAGUACCAUUUCUCGUACGGCGUGGACGAUAAGCACACCAAAGAUUACCACGGACAGAAGGAGCAUCGCGACGGUACGCAUUCUGGCUAG